AUGGAGGGUGACGCCGGUUCGGGAUCGGCAAGGCCCGAUGCAUGGGGUUCGGCCGUGGCGAGCGGCGAUGCGACCGGGCUAGCUGAGCUGGUGCUGCUUUGGUGCGGAGUAUUGCCCCACCCGGCUUUGUCUAUUCUUAGACGCUGCGUCGCUGUGCUGGAGAAGGAGGUUGCGCUUUCAGCUCCGACAUCUUCUCCUCUUCCUUCGCCCCAGACUUCGCGUGGGCGAAACUUCAACCAACCAAUCAAGGACGUUCGUUGGCCAGAUUCGCUGCAGACGCUCAGCUUCGGAGAGUUCUUCAACCAACCAAUCAAGCAAGUCUCUUGGCCGGCGUCGCUUCGGGAACUCACUGUCGGGCGAAAUUUCAACCAGAACACUGCAGGAGCGAGGUGGCCGCCUGGGUUGGUUCGAAGGGGUGCGCUAUGAGUGACGACCCCGACGUCGACAAGGAUUUCUUUCUAUGGCCCAUUGAGAGAUUUAGAGCCGGUGGGCUGCUUUCAGCACAUCAAACAAAGAAUGCCACUAGUUUUAGCACAAAUCUCACCUUGCUAAGCACAAAUCUCUCCUUGCCCGUGGUCGCUGAGCAGGGAAUGACCGCUGUCACCUGCUUUUGUAGGCACGCGCACACAGUGGUUGAGGCGUGUUGCGUUGGGGGAGGAACCGUUCUAUUUCCAUUGACGCCACACACCGACACUCGGUUGCCGCGACGGUACCUCUUGCAUUGACUCAAGUGAUGAUUUCGUUGUCCCGAUUUUUACUCCGUAUUGUAAUUUUUUGAAUAUUGUUGUGUCUUGGCGUACCGACCGGGAGUGAAAGGCAUCCUUUAUUUAUUUUACCUAUCGUUUGCCCAAUAUGUCACCAGGGGGCUGUCUGCUGCCUGGCGGUGGGCUUUCGGUUUAUUUUCGGUUUGUUGUAUUUUUUUAGUCACGUUGCUGUAUUGAAGCGUUUAUAGUGAUUUUGUUUGUUCUUGCUUGUUUCCAAGGGUUUAAGGUUUCGAACGGUUUGAAAUUUCCAAGAGUUUUGAGUUUCCAAGUUUUUUUAUAGUUUAAUCGGCAAAGUUUUGUGGCGGGUAAUUUUCUGGAUGCCAUACGGCGGUAGUUUUGGGCGGUAGGCGGUAUAGCGUUUAGUUGGUGGUAAUGCCAUUUGUUUUGGCGGCAAGAUUCGGCGGUACGAUUGUGUUUUCCGGGCGUAGCGACUUUGGUGGCGCGGGUGAAACCUAAACACGGCGGCCACUGUCUCGCAACCGGCGGUAGUGGUUUGGCGGUAGGCGGCAUGUGUCUUGACGGCGGUAACCAAUUUGGCGCAGUUGGGAAAAUCGGUACCGCCCACCAGGGCCGUAUUUUGCAACGGUGGUGAACUCCAUAUGCCCGUAAAAUCAAGCGACACCAAAGAAGGUUGCAGCCGUGGCGCUAGGUUAUAGCGUACGAACGGAAGGCCAAGUUCUGCUCCGACGGUAGGCCCUGUGCACGUAUUUCGAAGUUUUGUCUUGGGUGUUGACCAGUGAUUUCUUCACGUUUUUGCGUCAAUACUCUAGGAAAAGUAAAUAGAAACGUGUAUGGCUAUCCCCUGAUACCCCCUUUGCUCACGCGGUCGAUGAGCAAAGGGUACGACGAGACGAGGCCUCUGCACACUCAGCCUAUCGGUUACGUCCGUUGGCGGUAGUGUAAGUAAUGACUGUGACAAUUUGGCGGCAUCGGUUAGGCAGUAUUGUGAGAUGGCAAAAUGGGUUUGGCGGUAAUACGACUUUGGCGGAGGCGGUAAAACAACGACACGGCGUUUUUUUUUUGGCCGUAAUGCCUUACGGCGGUAGCGGGUCUAGACGGUGGACGGCAUUUGCGCUUUUCGUCGGUAACGAAUUUGGCGGAGGGGAUGAAGCAAUGCAUUGUCGGUAAUAAUGAGCGUUAUUCGAUUUCGUCACCGCCAUAAAAUUGCCAAGUAAACCUUGACUGGUUUCCAUAUCUGUGUGCUCUUUAUUGGGUAUUUGAAAAGUGACCCAUGAAGGUGUCUGCGUCUCAAUUGUAUCGGCACGGAC